CGUGCCAGGAGACAACCACUAACGUUCAAACUACUGCAGCAGCACCACAGAAGAACCAUCAUAAGUUAAAUUCAUUGUCAUUAUCAACACUUGACCUCUUAGAUGUGCCUCAAACAGAAAUGAUCAUAUUUGUAAUGGGGAAAGUACAUUCAAAUCCGAACACAAAAGUGACUAAACAAAUAAUUCUAUUUUCCUGUCUAUGUCCUCACUGUGUAGGCCUACAUGAGGUGGAAGUGACUAACUGUAGGAAGUCAUCAUACGGGGAAUCGUCCUGAUUGUUAUGCCAAAGAAGGAAGCCAAACACUGCAGAUGAAUAAUUCAGUGAUGUGAUAAAGGAGCAAGUAUAGAAGAAGAAGCUUUGGAGGGAAAAGUCAUGUGUGGGAGAUUUGUGGAAAAAGUGGCUGGCCCUUUAAUUUGCUGUUGCUAGGGGAAUGAAGAUGUUUUCUGGAAUGUGUAUGAACUCUGCAUGUCCUCCACUUCAUGGACACGCAUAUGUUGACUCCGGUGUGUGCUUGCAGUAGGGUGCACAUACCCACUGCACACAUCAUCUGCAGUUCACAGUGAAGACAUGAAAAGUGAUGUAAAAAAGGAGUUUUUGCACGGCAGAAUGCAUUGGAGUAUAUUUCCAUAUGUGGGCCAAUCCAAACACUUCCACCACAAGGACAUUUGAGCUGAAAUCGGAGAUCAAUUCUGACAUCUAGUGGCUUGUAAAUUGAACUGAAUUAUAAACUACAUGUUGACGUCCACCUGUCUACUUAACAACGACUUUUAUUCAACCCCAUUAAGUUGACAAAACGAGUCUAUUAAAGUUUUGCUUACUUGUGUGUGACAAUGAAGGCAGAUUGUUUAUUCCAAGCUGGGCUGACGUCACCAGCUGACAUGUUUGACCCAGCGCGGCCACCGUCCUUGUUGUGUUUGUUGUAGCCCAAUCAAAGAUGGCGGACCAGCUGGACAGAGUGAGAAUCUCAGCCGCGGAACUUCGAGCUGAAGCGUCUAACAAUCCACUCGACUCGGGUGACUCUCGCAAAGAGGACUGUCUUAUGAGCAAGAAGCCCUGGCGGCGCCCCGACUUGCAGCGUUAUCAGCGUGUACCUGGACAGGGGAGCCAUCGCCAUGACAGCGAGGAAGCAGAAAUUGGUCCAAGUGAGGAACAUGGACCGCUGACCUCUGAUUCACAAGACCCACCAGUGAAACCAAAGAACACCAAAAAGAGCCUCCCUGCUUUAGGGAGACAGGAGUGUACUGAUGCAGGAAUGAGUGCAUGUGAAAGCACAGUGACAACAAACACUGACAACGGUAAUGCAGAGAACUGCAAAGGAGACACCCACUUCCAGGUUAAAACAGAGGCCCCUCAGGACAGAGACUUGACUGAAAACGACAGAGAAAGUCAGGAACCUGCGGGAGCGGCUAAGCCAAAGAAAGCUCGCAAGCCUGACCGGGAAUUUUACCAACCAGGAAGUCGCAGAAACAUGCAUGGAAAAGACUGUGGAGCGGCACGAGAGCAGGAUAAGCCUUCCACUGGGAAUCAAGAUCACAAAGACAAACCAAGCUCCCAGCGUAGUGCAGAGGAAAGGGAGGAGAAGGGUAAAACAUGUUUACCCAAACAAGCAGGGAAUGAUAAAGAAGUUAGAGGUUCUCAGGUAAAUGUUAGGUUGGCAAAACCCAAUGAGAGAAGCAAAGAUAUGGAAAAAACUCCCUCAGAUGCUGCAGUGGAGAGACUUGCUAGCAAAGUGGACAAACUCAGCGUUAAAGGAAAAGCUAAAGUGUCCCAAGAAGGCCAAGACGAUGGUGAACCAGGUAGCAGGAGAGAGAAUAAAGUUGAGAAGGAAAGAAGAGAACAGGGGUGCAUAACCAAAGAAGGCGAAGCGGAGGGAGAGAAGAAGCUGGAGAAGGGAAACCGCAGGAGGAGAGGAGGUGACAAGGAGAGGAAUAAAGAGUCCGGAAGAGGUGAGGAUGGCGGUGGUCGAGCAGAGAGGGGAAAGGCGCAAGAGAAAAUAGAAACUGACAGGGCUAAUAAGUCAGGGAAGGAUGCAGAGAUGUUCCAAAACAAAGGAAAAGAGAACCACAGAAGAAGAGGUGACAACAACAGCAGCAGCAGGAGCAGGUUCAGAGAGCAGCCUGACAAGGACGCUGCAGCACAAAGAAAUGUGGAAAGGAAAGCAAACAAAUCAAACGUCGCCACUUUGACCUCAAAGCGUUAUUCCAAAUCAGAUAUCAGACGCCCUCGCAAUCGCACUUACAGCAGCAGCUCAGCCAGCAGCGUCACCAGCCUGGAUGCACCUGCCCUGGCAAUGAGCACGGACAGAACCAAGCGGCCUUACUCGCAAUCCGAGCCCAAUAACAGAGAAAGAGGGACAAUUACCGAGGAGGGGCGCAGAUCCCAUUCACAGAAUUGGACAACCAACGGGGACUCAUCCACGGACUCGAGGGAAGGAGACACAGUGGACGGCAGGAGCAGGACAUACAGGAAGGACGGACUGAGUGCUGAAGGCAGGAGGGAAGAGCGGAACAGGCCUAAGGGGAACAAAGGCAGAGGGCGAGGAAUCCUGAGAGUGUCCUUGGAACAACAGGCUGGUUCCUCAUUGCAUGGUGGGGAAUGUCCUAAGCAGGUCUCCGCUCCUCGUGGUCGAGGUAGGGGUAUCCUGGUUCUGCCGUCUCGCACUGACAUCUCCAAUACACCUGAGGUUGGCCAAAGGCUACUUUUUGGUGGGAGCAGGGGAGGACCUGCGUCAAGGGGUCGCGGGGGCCGUGGAGGAGGAGCGAGACGACUCUGGGAUCCAAACAAUCCUGAUCAGAAACCUGCACUCACUCCCAGUCAGUCCUCCCAGCAUCAGUCCCCCCAGCAGCCGGUCUACCUCCAGACUGGGUCUGGAUGUGGACAACUUCACUUUCUGGACACAGAUGACGAAGUCUCAGGGAGCCCUCCCGUCCAUCAGCGAGACAACUUCCACUCCCAGCAGCAAGCCGCUGCCAUGGCCUACUACAAGUUUCAGAACUCAGACAACCCCUACUGCUAUCCUGUGCCUGCCAGCAACCCUGCCAAUCCGAUCACGGGCCAGCGCUACCCUUUCCCCUACAUGGCCCCCUACCAGAUGGCCAAUGGAGUGUACCCAGGUCAGUUCUGUGCCACUUACAGAAGUUAUCCCCAGCCAGGAAGUGGUUUGACAUUGGAAGAGGCGGAGCAACAAGCUAGAGGCGAGCUGGGACGGCUGCUGAGGGCUGCAGAUUCCCAGGAGCUUCAGCUCAGUAACCUGCUGUCCCGGGACAGACUCAGUGCUGACGGACUGGAGCGCAUGGCCCAGCUCAGAGUGGAACUGCUGGGGCUGUACGAGCGUGUGGUUCUGACAGACAUCGAACUUGCAGACUCUCAGAAUGUGGACCAGGCUCUGUGGAAGAACGUUUUCUACCAAGUCAUUGAACACUUCCGUCAGCUGCUCAAAGAUCCCACCUCUGACAACACGCCGCACAUCAGGAACAUGCUUCUCACUCUGCUCGAUGAGGGAGCACAGUUCUUUGACGCUCUCCUACAGAAGCUGCAGACAGUCUACCAGUUCAAACUGGAUGACUACAUGGACGGCAUGGCCAUCAGGGCACGGCCCCUACGCAAAACAGUAAAGUAUGCACUCAUCAGUGCUCAGAGAUGUAUGAUCUGUCAGGGAGACAUCGCUCGUUACCGAGAACAAGCCAGUGACUCUGCCAACUAUGGAAAAGCUCGCAGCUGGUACCUGAAAGCCCAGCAGAUCGCCCCUAAAAAUGGCCGGCCAUACAACCAACUGGCCCUGCUGGCAGUCUACACUAAGCGGAAGUUAGACGCCGUGUAUUACUACAUGCGCAGCCUGGCGGCAUCCAACCCCAUUCUGACGGCCAAGGAAAGCCUCAUGAGCCUGUUUGAGGAAGCAAAGCGCAAGACGGAGCAGCUGGAGCGUCGCAGGAGGCAGGAGGAGCAAGAAGGAGGCUCCAGAGGUCCCGCGGUGAGAGGGAGAGCGAGAGGAGAGGACGGAGCACGUUCUGAGAUUUGGGUUCGGCCGAGCGGACACGCAGCUAAGGCGUCUUCCCAGAGAGGAGGAAGUGAGUCCAGUAGGGAUUCAGAGCAGGAUGGAGAGCUCAACAGCCUCAGUGCCAGUGAUCUCAACAAGAGAUUCAUUCUCAGUUUCUUACACGCACACGGAAAGCUUUUCACCAAAGUGGGCAUGGAGUCCUUCCCCAGGGUGGCCAGGAGGGUGCUGCAGGAGUUCACGGCACUGCUCCAGCACGGCCCCUCCCUGCUGGGCAGCACACACAUGCUGCAGAUCAUCACUAUUAACAUGUUCACCAUACACAACGCGCUCAGUAGAGGAGAAGAAGGAGAAACCCGCUCGCUCCUGCAGGAGCAGAGCACUGCACUGGGCCUUGCCAUGUUUGGACUGAUGGUGCAACGCUGCACAGAGCUGCUCCAAGAUGUUCCUUCAGCCGCUACAGUCAUGUUGGAAGAAGAGCAGGAGGAAAAAGAGGACGACCUGGAGGGUCUGGUGAGGGUCUCUGAUUUCUCACUGGACCUUCGAGAACUCCUGCCCAGCAUCAAGGUGUGGUCUGACUGGAUGCUGGGACACCCAGACCAGUGGAACCCACCACCCUGCGGUGUAGACUGCUGUCCUGAUGUGUGGCAGUGCCUGGCCAGCCUGUGUAACGUUUUGGCCCGUGUAGACCACGGCGAGGUGCCUCUCUACAAGGUGGACACGGACGAAGUCGAGGGAGACGAGGAGCUGACUGUGCUGCAGUUGAAGGAGGAUAGGCUACUGGCUGGCUUUGUCCCCCUGCUGGCGGCGCCUCAGGAGCCGUGCUACAUCGACCAGCACACUGACACGGCCAUAGCGUCAGACUGUAAGAGGGUGACAGUGCUUAAGUACUUCCUGGAGGCUUUGUGUGGACAGGAAGAGCCUCUGUUGGCCUUCAAAGGAGGCAAAUACAUCUCCGUAGCUCCUCCUCCAUCCAACACCUCUGUGGACGUGAAGACCAGACAGGACUCUCUGUCAGAGAAAGAGGCUGACGACGUCAUCGUGGAGGCAGAGUCGUCUCUGUCUGCGUCUGAAGGUGAGCAAGAUGAAGAGGAGGCAGGAGACAGCGAGAGAGACAUCAAGCAGCUGAAGGCUCGACGCCACGCCCUCGCCAACAAACUGGCGCAGGAGCAGAAGCGCAGGGAUAAAAUACAGGCGGUGCUGCAGACGAGUGGGCAGCUGCAGUUGGAGGUUAGACCUCUCUUUUUGGUCCCGGAUACCAACGGCUUCAUUGACCAUUUGGCUGCUCUAAAGAAACUCCUCCAGUGUGGAACAUACAUCAUAGUGGUGCCGCUCAUUGUGAUCACAGAGCUGGACGGCCUGGCUAAAGGACAGGACACUUUUGGUGGAGGACUGGGACACGGCGCGGGCAAUCGCUGCAAUUCCAAUGCCAGCGCAGCGCACAUACGCGCCGUGCAGGAGAAGGCACAUUUGGCAGUGGCGUUCUUGGAGCAAGGUUUUGAAGCAAGGGAGCCACGUCUCAGAGCGCUCACCAGCAGAGGGAACCAACUGGAGUCCAUCGCCUUCCGCAGCGAAGACACAUCGGGCCAGCAGGGCAACAAUGAUGACGUCAUCCUUUCCUGCUGUCUCCAUUACUGCAAAGACAAGGCUAAGGACUUCAUGCCUGACCAGAGAAACGGUACAGUGAGGCUGCAGAGGGAGGUGGUCCUUCUCACGGACGACCGCAAUCUACGCGUCAAAGCUUUGACCCGCAACGUUCCUGUCAGGGACAUCCCCGCUUUCCUCAGCUGGGCCAAAGUGGGCUGAACCAUGUUUGGAGGUUUGGAUCCCAGUGGAACAACUGCAACUGCUGCAGCCCGCUUUCCAGUCGGCCGGGAGAGGGGAGACGCUUGAGCGGAGGAUAGUAAAGGAGGGCACAGGAAAAAGAUGAGAACAGCAGCAAAUUAGUGAGAGAGCAUGCUUGCCCCCACCCCAUGAUGAAGAGUGUGUGUGCGUGUGUGUGUGCGUGUGUGUGUGCACGUGCGUGCGUGCGUGCGCUCUUUGCCCUGUAGGAGCCAUGACACUUGACAGUGACGGCUGCGAGCAAGUGUGACAAGAAGGCCGUGAAGGUGUGCUGAUUUGACGUGGAAUGAUGUGUGACUGUCCUCUGCGAGCUGGAGCGAGACUGAGAAAUGGGAGUUAACGCUCUUGUCAGCUCAUGAGCGCCACCACUGGCACCUCCACACUUCUCAUUGGCUUCUCAUGAGACCACACCACAAGGGGGUGCUGCCCUCGGUCCAGGCUAGCCACAAUGGCACAUGCCAGCUCGUGGCAGCAGGUGUUUCCUGCUAACAGGAAGUGUGAAAAACCAGCUUGGUUACUUCACUCUCCGGUUUGGUAGGUGAACGCUUUUAGGAAGGAGCUUUUCUUUUUUGCUAUUUUACGCCUCUCAGGCAAUUUAACCUCGUCUCUGUUUGCUUUGUGUCCGCUCAAGUUAGCGUUACAUUCCAGGAAUUAGCCGCUUGUUAUAAUAAAGCAAAAUGAGUCUUUUUCUUUCAUAGUGACUUUGUUGAGAAUGAACUUUUCAUUGUGUGGUUUUGCAUUCUUUUCAUGCGCUCAUGCUGCAAACAUCACACAGCUUGUGAUGCUUUGUGGCCAAACAAAUACCUGUAUUUGUACCUUGUUAAGUGUCAUUCACUCAUGUUGCUUUAAAAGACAACUGCAUGAUGAUGUUUCUUCUUUGCCUGCAGCAUCCCCUAGUUGUCACGUGUUCACAGCUUUAAGCGUGACUAUUUGUUUCUUUGUGUGCAACUGGUGUUUUUUUGCUUGUAGUUCACUGCAGCGUGAGGUGCUGCUGUUGUCUUUUAGUGGCAGAGCAAAUUAAACACAGUGAUCUCAAACUGACUUGAUGUCAUUAAAAUGUUUUACAUUUGCUGCCUUGUCACAGUGGAAAAGUUACUUGGAGCUAAUUUUUGCAAAUGGUAACGGAUAAUUAAAGCCAAGCUUUAUGGAUGCAGUAUGGAUACAAAUGUCAAGGUAAAUCUUGCAGCCAUGACAUUACACAGUAUGGAACAAAUAUUGCACAUUUGUGUAGCACUACUAACAAAGAUGAAUCAUUGCCAAGUACUUCUGUAAUACAAAUAGAAAUUUACAAUACAGUACAAAUAUGUAUGUUCGUAUUUUAUUUUGUAGUUUGUUUUUUAUAUUUUCUUUUCAUCUUUAACAUGUACUGUAGCUUCAAU